UUCACAUAAUCACUAGGAAACCUAUGUCAUGGCACGAGAAUAGAGAAGAGCCAAUAAAUGCCGAGUUCCUGAAUCUUGUUCACCAUGCAGCACUGGAGCCAACAAAGAAAUAUUCUGAGCCACAAACUGAAAGCCAAGAAAUUGGCUGGAACACAACACCUUUGAUUCCCAUGGACCGUCGUGACUGCAGGCUGUACUUCCCACGCCGGGAAACCGACAUCACUAGAUAA